GAAUAUAUUCUCACCCAAAACGACACAACUAAUUUUUGUUGCUCACCCCACACAGCCCAGGUAAAAUUUUGGGGCCAAGAACCCAACAUUAUUGACCUUCUCUGUGGAGUUUUCAUUGCACAGUUCUGUGAUUUGUAUUCAGUUCCUCUUAUCUUUAUAUUCAUAACCCCUAAUCUCAUUCGCUUAACCUUUAAUUUUUGGUAUCAUCACCAUCAUCAAUUCAUCAUAUACCUAUCAGAUUCUUGUUUCAGUUGUUUUUUUUUUUCCUUCCCAUUCACCCAUUGGAGCGGAAGUUUUUUGCUCCCUAGCUUAACCCCCAACAUUCUGUAUGAUUAAAGCCAUGGACUUAACCCAUUCCAAAUCGCCCGAGUCAGAUACUGAUACUGAAACCCCACUGCAGACCCACCUCUCCAGGGCCUUAUUUCUCUCUAAUGACUCUUUCAAUCCUUCCCACCAUUAUCGUACAACAAAUCCCCACACAUCAUCACUCCAAAUGGUGGUGUCUUACAAAGAAUGCCUCAAAAACCAUGCUGCCACCCUUGGUGGCCUUGCCCUUGAUGGCUGUGGUGAGUUCAUGCCUCGCCCCAUUGCUGCUACUCCUGAUCCGACUUCCCUCAAAUGUGCUGCCUGUGGUUGCCACCGCAACUUCCACCGCCGAGAAACGCAUACCCACCACCCGCCACCACCAACGGCUGCUCUUUACUGGACGUCAAGCCCAAAUCCUGGACAGACUAUCUCUGGCCCAAGUCCAAGUCCAAACUCACCGGCAUCACCAACCCCUCAGCAAUCCGUCUAUCCAUCCGCACCUCAUAUGCUUCUGGCCUUGAGCACAGGACAUUCAGGGCUGUUUGAUGAGAAUCACCACCAGAAUCCAACAGUUAUGAACCCACAUGGGAGAAAGAGAGCAAGAACCAAGUUUACGGAGGAACAGAAAGAAAAGAUGCUUGUUUUUGCUGAGAAGUUGGGGUGGAAGAUGCUGAGGGGAAGUGAAGAUAAAGUGGUGGAUGAGUUUUGCAGUGAAGUUGGGGUGAAGAGGAAUGUUUUUAAAGUGUGGAUGCAUAACAACAAGCAGAGGAAGGAAAAGGAUAAUAGUCAUAACAGUUGUGAUAUCAACAAGAAUAUUGUUAAUGGUGAUGAGGAUAGAGUUGGCUUUGACACCUACAACUGCAACCCCAACAAUAUCAAUAGCACCAAGUAUGAUAGCUUUAGUAGGUACCAGAUUGAGAGUAAAGAUCGUGUUCAUGGUGGUUCUCCUGAUGGGUCUUCUCCUUCUUCUUGAUCUAGAGAUAGAGAGCUAUUGAUUGAGAAAAAGAAAAAAGAAACAGAAGCUAGUAAUUAAGCAUGGGGGUUCUUUCCCCUUUCUGGUUCACUUGUUUUCCAUUGUUCAUUGUUUCUUGAUUAGUGAUUAGUGAUCACUAAUUACUGACGAUGAAGGAUCAGAAUAGAGGCUAGAGGAUGACAAUUAAAGGAGAAUUACUUCUCUUACAUAGCUAUUAUCUGUUAGCUGAUCUUUAUUAAAAGACUGCAUUUCCAAUCUUUGUUUUUCUUGUGCUUAUAAAUCUAAUUUCUUCAUCUUCUA